UAAACCAGCAAAAGAGAAAGGAAAGGGUAGCUUGUUGGGUAUAAUGUGGUGUUUAAUGGCAGUUUUGUGAAGAAAUCAAGGCUGAACAUUUCUCUAAAGAAGAGGACGCGCGGUGCGUAAAGGUUAACAGGUGCUACUUUCUGGUUAUUCUAUCAUAUCUGAAGCCUUUUGCGUGAGUGUCAGCUUUCUUGGAAAGAGUUACCAGCUCAGUUCAUAUCAGUGGAUUUGAAAUCAUGAGGUACAUUGUUGUCCCAGAGGGAGAGCAGCAUGGAGACUGAAAGAGGCAGAGAUUAAUAAACUUUCCAAAGGAGCAGAGUAAAAGAAAUCAAACAAGCCCAAGCAGCUCCAGAGUGGAGACAAAGCUCCGAUGAAUGGACAGCAGGAUGUUCUCUGGUCAGGCUGGUCUGAAUUACAGCUUCAACCUGAGCGAUGACCAGGAGCUGGAGGACGCGCCUGCGGGCAGGGGGAAGCUCUCCCCGGCGGGCUUCGUGGCGCUGUCCGUGGUGCUGGGCUUUAUCAUGACUUUCGGCUUCCUCAACAACUUUAUCGUGCUGCUGCUUUUUUGCAAAUUCAAGAAGCUGCGGACGCCGGUGAACAUGCUGCUGCUGAACAUCAGCGUGAGCGACAUGCUGGUGUGUUUGUUCGGCACCACGCUCAGCUUCGCCUCCAGUAUCCGCGGGAGGUGGCUGCUGGGGCGCAGCGGCUGCAGCUGGUACGGAUUCAUCAACUCCUGUUUCGGUAUUGUUUCGCUGAUCUCUCUGGUCAUCCUCUCCUAUGACCGCUACAGUACUCUAACUGUUUACAACAAACGUGGGCCCAACUACCGUAAGCCCCUGCUGGCUGUUGGGGGCUCCUGGCUCUACUCUUUGUUCUGGACUGUGCCUCCUCUGCUGGGUUGGAGCAGCUAUGGCAUCGAGGGCGCAGGAACCAGCUGCUCCGUGUCCUGGACAGUUCGGACAGCUCAGUCGCACGCCUACAUCAUCUGCCUCUUCAUUUUCUGCCUGGGGAUACCUGUGCUGGUGAUGAUCUACUGCUACAGCCGGCUACUAUGGGCAGUUAAACAGGUGGGGAAGAUCAGAAAGACAGCUGCUCGGAAGAGAGAGUACCACAUCCUGUUUAUGGUCCUGACCACGGCGGCGUGUUACCUGCUCUGCUGGAUGCCAUACGGCGUCGUGGCCAUGAUGGCGACAUUUGGUCCGCCCAGAAUCAUCAGCCCUGUCGCCAGUGUGGUUCCUUCUCUGCUGGCGAAGAGCAGCACAGUCAUCAACCCUCUCAUCUACAUCCUCAUGAACAAACAGUUCUACAGGUGUUUCCUGAUUCUGUUUCACUGCGACCACUGGUCAGCGGAGAACGGCAACAUCUCCAUGCCCUCCAAGACCACCGUGAUCCAGCUGAACCGCAGGGUCUACAGCAACACGGUGGCCUGCACUGCCCAGAUUUCCACAGACGCUCUCAACCAGUGCUGCAGCACCCCAAAUACCAAGCACACGAACCCCCCUGAGGUCCAAAAUUGAGCCUGGAUAUUCUCUACCAUCCACACAGGAAAUACAGUCAAUUUAAACCCUACAAUUGCAAUGUGAACUCCUGGAGAAUGUGGACUAAAUGUGAGCUGACAGUAAAUGUUCUUUAUAUGUGAGCUUGUCUUUGUACAGAAUGGACUUUUUUGUUUGUCUCAGUAGUUUAUCUGUUUUUGGUUUGACCUGUACUUUUAUUUGGCCAAAAGUGUGAGGAGAACUGAUAAAGCUAUCUUUCUUUGACCGUAAGCAUUAUUUAAAUGUUGCUUUUACAGCCGCCACUUCCUAGGAAAAGCUUUCCACAAGCAUCUGGAGAUUUUGGCUUUAGAGAUAUGCUUCCGUCAAGCCACAUUGUGAAUUCGGGCACUGAUAUUUGAUGAUAAGACCUCUUUUGGAGGCGGCUUCCACUUUAUCCCAAAAGGUGUUUGAAGGGUUUAGUGAGAGCCUCUCUCCAGGCCACUUCAGUGCUUCAGCAGGAAACAGUUUGAAUUGCUAAAACAAAUUAUUUUUAGGUCCUAUUAUGUAGAAAAACAGAGGUUCGUCAUGGAACUUUGGCUACUGCCUGUCUUUCAUUGAGGAGCAGAACAGAAUGCAAAAGUCUGCUUUUGGCCAUAUAAUGUACACUAAUACACUUUCAACUUAUUCUCAAUGUGAUUAAAAUAGCACCAAUCAUAGUUUGUCUUAACUUUUAACAGGACUUAAUGAUUUUUUGAACAACUGUCAGUGUCAUCACAAAAAGCACAAUAUCUCUUAACAACCUUAUAAGGGUCCAAAUUUUGGAGAAAAAUAUCUUUACAAAAUUUCAGAAUUUGUUAAUUUGCCACUACUUCUGAAGAUUUCCAAGUUUUAAUAUUCUUAGAUGCCUACAUUUCUCAUUGGCAGAAUUCUGCCAUGAAAUCCAGGGCCUGUUUAGGUGUUUUCCACCGUCUUUUCUACACCACAAAAACCUAGUGCCUAUUUUCUGUUGCUGUUCAGUCACUUUGUCACUGUGCUGCUGUAAAUGCCAAUGCUUGAUAAUCAUCUGUGCUGCUUCAAUCAGUGUGUAAGUGGAUCGAUGUACUCAUGAUUUAAGCUUCAUCUUUUCCUCCAUUAUCUGCGCUGCUCUGUCUGUAAAUGUUGAAGAAUCCUGAAAAAUGAUCAUACAAAGAUCUUACCCCAGUGUUCAACUUGUAUAUUCUUACAAAUUUUAUAAUUCUGGUCUGUGAUAUUGCAUGGUUUUGUUGCAUGUUUGUUUGUACAAUUGAUUUUAAACUGACCUGAAACCAUGGGGAUGUAUACACAAAAUUAAACCUGGAUUUAGUGCAAGAGACAUGAUAGGCUUGCGGACAAUGUGUUAUGGAAAAGGGUGG